GCAGCUAUAUAUGAUUGUAAUUUCAGAAACCACAAACAGGAAAAUGGACAUUAGAACGGACAACUAACGAGCAGAAGCCGAAACGUUGGCUUGUGAAAGUCAUUGCACAGAGUGAAGUCGACUUCUCAGUGAACCUCUAUGACAACGAAGAUGGCGUGAAAUUUGAGAUUUCUGGUCGGCCCAUUGCAGGGACGAAGAUUACGGCACAGGUGAGAGUUCCCAAAGUUAAACUGAUCGGGAAAUUGGACGAGAUAUUCUUAUCCGAUAAAUACGGUAAUAUUCUUUUGAAAGCCAACCUGAAACAAGGCAAACAUCGCAGAAGCCAAAGCUUCAGAGGAAAGUUCGCUAUUCCGAAAACAACGUUCUAUAUUGGAAUCAAAGGAAGAGAUAAAAAAGGAAAUACGUUUACACGUACGAAAUUCAUACCGUAUAUUCCGUCUAGCAUGAAGUUGGAAGUGACUCCAAUUCCAGUUAUUUCACAUCCAAGAAUGACCUUACAAGUGAAAUUUAUGGUUAGCAACGAGGGUAGCAGAACAGAACGAAUACUGGUGUUUAUGAGCGAGGCUCUUGAGUAUAUAGUAAGCAACAGUAAACAGAGGUUUACUUUGGGCGCCGGACAAAAUAUUACUGGACAUUUCAAUGUGAUGAUAAGGGACGCUAUUGGAAAAAAUGUAGUAAUAACGAUCACAUCUGAAAUAGAAGGCGGCGAUAGACGCACAUCUACUCAAUAUGACACGGUUGAAACCACAAUCCUUGAAAAGAGAGAAAUCAUAAAACCUCCAGUGAAACAGAAUCCUCCAAGGUGUGACUUCGAAAUUCCAGUCAGUUCCACCGAAGAGUGCAUUAAAAGUUUUGAAGACUUCAGCUGCUGCAGACAUCGAUGGUCGGCUGUUAUCAAUGCAGAAGCCAGCAGCGACUUUUCACCGAUUGUAAAUAUGGUUUCUUCCAUGUCAUCAAAUUUAUCGUCGUAUCAGAAUAUAUCCGCCGGUGUAGUAGCAUACAGAGCUAAUAUCAGCAAUGACUGCUGUACCGACAGAGAUACAGUCUACGUAAGAGACACCAAAAACCAAAUCGGAAAAUGUUUCUUGCAAGUCGUACCACCUUUUUUGAGCUUCAACACAACCUGCAGGGAACUUCCACCCAAAAAAGUUCCUCUUGUAUGUAAUUUAUAUACAACUAUGGAAGACACAACGAGAUGCAUAGAUAGUCACAAGGACUUUAAUUGUUGCAGGCAAAAGUGGUCUGCCAUUCUUAAAGUCAAGAACGGUAGUAAUCCCGCACCUAUUGUAAAUGUGACAUCAUCUAUGUCGUCUGUAAUUAUAGCCAAUGAAAAUCUAACAGAUAGUGCCUUCCUAUACGAAGCAGAAAUAAGUAAUGAUUGCUGUGUUAAAACUGACACAAUUUAUGUGACCGAUGCCAAGGACCAAACAGGCAACUGUACUCUACACAUCAUUCCAGAUUCUACAAGUACCAAUUCAACCUGCAAGGAACUGAAGAAAGAAUUCCAGUCACAUGACCAUCAGCCAAAUCUACUCCACAAUACGGUCGCUCUAACUCUAUGUAAUUUAUUGGUAUUGAUAUUUUAUCAAAUCUAAAGAAAUGAAAUAAGAACAACAAAACAUUCAAUCGUCUUGGAAUCAAAUUGCCAAGAUCGAAUUUAGAUUCCUUAUAAUUUAACAUCAACAGAUUAAGGAAACUUGAAGUCAUCUGAUUUUUUUCUUUUUU